AUGAUUCCAAGGGAGGAUGACAGGAAAGACUCUCUCAACCUAUUGAUUUACGAAUAUCUCCUAAAAAAUGACUUUCAAAAAACUGCAAAUUCGUUUAAGGAGGAAACAGGGAUUGCCGAAUAUAAAAUAGCGGACUCUCAGCCCAUGCUUAGCUUGUGGUACAAUAACUUUCUCGAGACUGUUGAGGUGCGGUCUGGACAGAAAAUGUCUCCGGACACUCUUAACAGGAUUGAGGGAAUAAUGCUCAAGUUAGAAAAUGAAAAACAGAGAUAUGCAAGGCUAAGGAGUCCUCCAGGCAAACCACAGCACAUGAUGAGAAGACCAAUCGAUCCUAGGGUUAUGAAUGGGAUGCCCAAUGAUCCAUACUCUGCUUCGUCUAGUCCUGCUACUGCAACAAUACAUCCGGCUCCUCCAUCGUCUUCGCCGAUCCUUACAGAAUACAAGAAGAUAGAUCUAGGGAUCAGUGCACUCAUACAUUCAAAUUUCUGCCCCCUCAACAACAUUCUUAUUGUCUUUUCCUCGGAUCUUCAUUUCUAUUUCUACAAUCUCAGCACAAAUGAGAUUGAAUACGACUUCCAAAUCUCGCAGAGAUGUCUAAAGCUACUGAGAGUAAAGGAAGUUAAAAGCACAAUUUACAUGGCAUAUUCCUCUGAGGACUAUUCAAUACGCUUGUGCAAAUAUGAAAAUGCAGAGAAAAGUGAUAUCAAGAUAUUUGAAUUUGACUCUCCUUUCAAAUCGUUUUGUAUCAGCCAUGACACAUUGUAUAUUUUUGAUGAAAUGAAUACCAUAAAGUCAUUUACUUUUCUUGGGGUAUGCACAGGGGUGUCACAGUCUGUACAGGCAUUGUCCAUCGAGUGUGUAGCAAAUAAAUUAUUAACGAUUGAUGCAUCGAAAAUAGCGGAGUACGACAUACGGCUUAAUGCAGAGACUGCAAUCCUUGGAAGAAGCAGGUUUCCGAUUGUAAAGAUUAAAGGUGAUGACAUAUUCCUGAUUCUCAACGAUUCAAUACAGGCUAUAGAUGGGAAGAUGGGCAGUGUAGUAUCAAGUGUAAAGUGUUCCCUUCCGAGUAAGGACGUAGCCCUGCUGUUCAACACGAUAGCAGUGUGCACCGUCACUGACCUCUUCUACGCCACAGACAUAAUACCACUUCGAAAUCCAAUGGAGCUUGAUAGCUUCAUCUGUUUUAAUACCAAGGGCCUUAUUAUUGUCUCUUCUGACGGCAUUGUAACGCUUUUUACUGGACACACUGUCUAA